UUGUCAUUAAACCCGGGUUUCCAUCCGCCCCCCUCCCCCACCCCCCCCUCACCCCAGCCAUGGCCAAAAACCUGCCGCCUGAAGACCCCAACGUCAUCGCCAAGAUCGUGGAUCAUCUGAAGAACCGCGGUCUGUUCGACGAGUUCCGCAGAGACUGCCUCGCCGAUGUCGACACGAAGCCAGCCUAUCAGAAUCUCAGACAGAGAGUUGAUAAUUUUGUGUCCAACCACUUGGCUAAUCAUGAGUGGAAUCCAACUCUUAACAAAAAUCAGCUGCGUAAUGAACUUCGACAAAGGGUCUGUAAAUCAGGAAUGUUGGAAUCUGGUGUGGACAGAAUUAUUUCUCAGGUCGUGGAUCCGAAGCUGUAUCACAUAUUCAAACCGCAGAUAGAGAAGGCAGUUCAUGAAUUUAUGGCCACAGAAAUGAAUGAGGAAGCUGUACCAAAUCCACCACAGGAACCUGAAAAACAGGAGCUAUCUGCUCCAGCUUCAGGUAACACUUCAAAUGCUCUAGCACCAGCAUGACUGAACAUUUUCUACCUACAACUGUAACUGCACAAUCAGUCGAGAAUAUAUUUUGACUAUGGGACAAAGUUGCUUAUCUAGGAUUAAUCAAGACAUGUUGUUUAUAGUUUACAUUAACAUUGCUGAAUGCUUUUUAUGAAAUAAGAACUGAGCAAUGAAGAAAGUGUAAUUUGAUGGAUCUCAAUUUGGAGAUUCUGUAAGAACAGAUGCUGAGACAAUUUUCAAUGCCUGAAAUUUUGAAGAGAAAUUUAGACUAUUAGAGUAAAUGAAGAAAAAGCUCUGGAAGAAUUCUGGCUUCCAUUGAAGGAGGACCUGUACUGAAGAUUAUAAACAAAAAAAAAAGAAGAGUAAUACCCAACUGCCCAAAAGGUAGUUCCUGUUUCUAAGAGCAUAUUGUGCAUGUAAUCCUUUGAUUGUGUUCUAUUAUACCAAACACAACGAGACUUUUAUUAAUGGGUUCAAACAAUGCUGUAAAUAAAAACAUCUGUGGUUUUUUUGU